AAAAAAAAAAAAAAAAGCCCCAGAAAAAAAAAAAAAAGGGGGAAGAGCAGGAGGAGGGGGAGGGAAAAAAAAAAAAAAAAGAUCCUAGAAAUCCAAAAAGGCUCAUCUGGGAAGGAGAGAGAGGAGAGCGAGAGGAAGCGGGAUGCAACUCAACCUGACGCUGAUCUGCUUCGUCUUCGGGGGGUUCCUGCCCGACGCCGCGGCCCGGCGGGAGCAGAUGGACACGGGGCAGUGCGACCUGCCCCGCUCGCAAGGCGAGCUCAACUCCUUCCUCUGGACCAUCCGCCGCGACCCCCCCGCCUAUCUCUUCGGCACCAUCCACGUGCCCUACACGCGCGUGUGGGACUUCAUCCCCAACAACUCCAAGGCCGCCUUCCACGCCAGCUCCAGCGUCUACUUCGAGCUGGACCUCACGGACCCCUACACCAUCUCGGGGCUGGCCAGCUGCCAGAUGCUGCCCCACGGGGAGAACCUGCAGGACGUGCUGCCCCGCGAGCUCUACCGCCGCCUCAAGCGCCACCUGGACUACAUCAAGCUGAUGCUGCCCCACUGGAUGACCCCGGACCAGCGCGGCAAAGGGCUCUACGCUGACUACCUCUUCAACGCCAUCGCCGGCAACUGGGAGCGCAAGAGGCCCGUUUGGGUGAUGCUCAUGGUGAACUCCCUGACGGAGACGGACAUCCGCUCCAGAGGGGUGCCGGUGCUCGAUCUCUACCUCGCCCAGGAGGCCGAGAGGAUGAAGAAGACGACGGGCGCGGUGGAAAGGGUGGAGGAGCAGUGUCACCCACUGAACGGGCUCAACUUCUCCCAGGUGCUGUUUGCUCUAAACCAAACUCUGCUCCAACAUGAAAGUCUCCGAGCGGGCAGUUUGCAGGCUCCAUAUACCACUGAAGAUCUCAUCAAGCAUUAUAACUGUGGAGACCUGAACGCUGUCAUAUUCAACCAUGACACUUCUCAGGUCCCUAACUUCAUCAACACAACGCUCCCACCCCACGAGCAGGUGACGGCUCAGGAGAUAGACAGCUACUUCAGACAGGAGCUCAUCUAUAAGAGGAAUGAGAGGAUGGGGAAAAGAGUGAUGGCGCUUUUAAGGGAGAACGCAGACAAGAGCUUCUUCUUUGCCUUUGGAGCAGGUCACUUCCUGGGUAACAACACUGUGAUUGAUGUACUGAGACAAGCAGGAUUUGAAGUGGAGCACACCCCUCCCGGACAACCACUUGGAAACUCAAGGAUGACAAAGACAAGCCCAGCCUUGGAAGGGUCCUCAGCAACAGCCCUGCCCGCUGUCCAGCUUUCUGAGCAGGUCCCACUGACAUCUCCUUCCCUGAAGCCCCUGCAGAUGGACGAAGAUGACAGCCUGUCUCCUCACCUCCUGUUGCCAGACAGCAUCAGCCAGCUGGAAGAGUUUGGCAGGCAGAAGAAAUGGCACAAGAAGCAGCAUAAACACCAUCGCCAGAGACAGUUCAAUGACCUCUGGGUUCGGAUAGAAGACAGCACCACCACGUUGCCUUCCUAUAUCAGGAUAACCAAUGGCUACAUCACAGUCAAACCUCCCAUUUGGAUUUCAAACCAGCUGGAUCAGAGACCGCGUUCAGAUCGCCCGUCCCAGCCUCAGCCCACAAGCUCAGCUACAACCAGCCUUUCAUGGCCAUCAAUAACUUCUCCUCUCUGCGUGGCCAUAGCUUCUUUUCUCCUGAAUCUACUGCAGCCUUCCUGACCACAUUAGUAUUACGUGCAAUCCCUUGGAAUAGAGAAGAGAGAUAAUUUAUGAAUGAAGUGGAGGUUAAGACAACAUUACAAGCUGGACCUUCUCAGUUGACUCAGUAGUGCCUUCUAGCUGAUUUUGUCUCUUUGCCCAGAUACAUUUUGAAACUCUAAAGCUUUAUUGUAACACUGACUUACAUCUUCUUUUUGUAGAAGGAUCUUUAUUUCCCAUAGUGCUAUGGGGUUUUGUAAAAUAUACAUGUUCAUAUAAAGAAGAAAAAAAAAAGAAAAAGAAAAAAUGUAUUUAUUCGACUGGUAAACUUAUUUUUCUUGUUGUAUAUGUUAAUAACAUCCUUAUUAAUCAGUAGCGAUGGUGAAACAGAUAAAUUAAUAUUUUCUAUAUUUGUUUUCUAACUGACAACUCUGCAAAUGUCUGAACUGACACCAGAUGAACACCACCUUUGUUUCUUUAACCAUUACUUUUUACAGCAACUGUCCAAUAAGUACAUUUCUGCUGAACUAUAUUUUACUUUUUUCUAUCUCGUUAUCAUAGCUUACACUGAUUAAAGCAGAUCCUGCUCUCUGUGGCCUAUGCCCAUUAGAAAAAUAGGUGCAUUCUUAACUCAUUCGCUGCUACAACCUAAAACACCAGUUAUUUUUAUAUGACUUAGUACAUCAUUAGUCACGAUAACCCUCUAAGUUCCCCUGUUGUCUUUAACUAAACUAUUUAACUUCUUUGGAAAUUACCGGUUUCCCUCUUUGCCCUGGGAUUAAUUCAUUUGCUAACAGAAAUUAAGACAGCUCUUUCUUAAUAAAAAGUUGCUUUUAAAGUCCGCAAUAAUCCCACUGAAAUUAUUUUCUUGUCUCCCUCAUUUUAUAUAAACACAAGCUUACAACCUUUCCCAGUGUAAACAAGAACGGAACUUGGUCUGUCUAUAGGGUAUAAAGGUGUCGUAUCCUGUUAAUCUAUAGAACUUGUACCAGUUGUAUUAAUGCAGAUGGACAACCUAGAGGGCAAUAAACUUCUACAAAUUCCUCUUCAUCUUGCUAUUAUGACGCUCAGAGCCAAUAUCUCCGUGCUGAGUUAUGACUUGUCCAAAACCUGUUCAAGACCCCUAUGUCAAACGGAACAUUCCUCCACCUGUAGACAGUGGUACCUCUGUUGAAUUAGAUGGGAAAAUUGUGACACCUUCCGCUCACUGAAAAAUCUGCUCCCUAUCCCAGCAGUUACUUUUCAUGAAUGCAGUGAACAACAUGUAUGGGAAAAAGAAACAUGUCCAUCUUAAAAACUAUGAUGUGUAAUAAGGCAUGUUGAUUUCCGCCCCUCCCCCCAACAAAACAUGAUGAAAAAUCCAUUCAGAUACAAACAUUUCAACCAGAAAAUUAAUUUUGAUUGAAAUAGUAUUUUUCUUUCUCAGUCAUCUACAAACCAAAAAUAAAAAAGUAUGCGAUGAAAACAGUUAAAAAGACUUGAAAAACAUGAAAAUACAAUGGAAACUUUGCUUUAAAAAAAAAGCAGUGCUUUUUCACCUUGGAAAAAAUACCAGAAGAUAGUGAUGAUGAUUAUAGUAAUAAUACUGAUAAAAGCCUGACUGAAAACAGUCACGCUGGUUUCCCACCAGCCCUACAGCCUGGUCUCCAGGACUGCAGAUGAUUCCAUGUAAUCUUCAAGUCUCAGCAGUGAGAGGGACUUCAGGAUUCACCGUUUGGUUGUCAUCAUACCAGUUAAUUUAGGAAAGUAGGUUAGAAAAUAAUUAGACUGCAGAAGGUGCAUGGUUUUAUUUGAAACCGUGGUGAAAUACUGAACUUUUCCAUCAUGCAUCCCAACCCGUUGCUUUGCAAGGGCCAGGGAGAAGCCGGGUAACUUCUUUUUUACUUACUGCACACCAUGACCUCCAGCCUUUGCUCUGUUUUUGACAGAAGGUUCUGUAGGCUGGCAGUCAUUUUAAGUGGGUACAGCACACAGUGCUAUACGCUACCCCUAUUUUUUUCAAGCACAACAGUUGAUAAGGCUGAAUGGAGAACUUUAAGCUUUGUCCCAAAUGUGGGCUUCAAGCACACCCUGUGCAUACUUUUAUAUUGUGUAUUUUGGCUAGCAGAAGAUUAGAGAUGUUGGUUUUGGAUGGAAGCCAUUCACCUUGCAUAGUAUUUAUUGCACAGGGCUGAAUAUUGGAAACAUAUUUUGAGAAGUUUCAUUUUGGUUUUAUUUGAGCUAUUAUUCUAGAAAUGCCUUCAUUUGAAUAUAAUGGCUUAACAGACCUUCAAAUUAAACCGUAACGCAUUUAAAAAGAUGAUUGGUUCUCCUGGUGCAUGCAAGACAGAGAUCAGAACUGAACUAUAAUGUCUUAUUCACAAAAAUGGAACUGGAAGUAAGGCAGGCAAAUCUUAAGGGUGAUGAUAAGUUACAUAGUAAAAGUGAACAGCCAACGAACCAAAAGCCAUUGAGCUUUAUUUGUUGUAAUCUGAUCAAAUCCAGAAAGGAUUCUGUGGUACCAUCCCAGAAGUAAAUCCAGGUGUUGGAAAACUUACAGUAUAAAUAGACAAGACCACAUAAAGAUAAGGGAGAGAAAAAAGAGCAGAAAACAGAAACGGCUUGUCCAAGACCAUAAGGAAAACCACCAACAGGACCAAGACUAGAAAUUACGGUUCUAUAUUUUCCCAAUCUGUGGCUUUCUCCGUAAGCCUCUGGGGCUUUUUUUAAUACUAGGAGCACACAGCUAUCAUCAUACUGCACAGAAUAGUCAUUCCGUUCGUCACCGAUGAGGCUUUUUGCUGAGUAACUCCUCCACUAGACAGUAAUAUUCAGUAUUCAUUAGCUCAGGUAUCAUGGUAUGUUUGGAUAUCACAGUAUGUAAGUAGUUUGGAUAUCAAAGUAUAUUCUAACUUGUUUGCAUUUCCUGGCAUUUUGUCCAUAAUUCUGUGAAAUGAAUGAAUGUUCCUGGAGCUCACCAACUUUGCCUUGUGGUGGUGCCCCGUGUUUGUCACACUGCAGCACAGGUGUCAAAGCAAGGUGUGUCCUGGCUUUGGGGCCACACACCUGACUGCUGCCACCUAAAAGCAUCUAGUUUACUCGGUCAUCUAAGCUUUCUCUGGUUAAGGGAGAAGACAUGAGUUUUACAAUAAAUAUAAGAUUAGGUAGCUUCCUAUAGAUCCUAGCUCAGGAACCCCACACAAAUGGGUUCAGCACAGUUUUCCAACCAACCAUUUAUUUUUUUUCUGUUCUCUUACCCUAAAGUAUGACUUAGGGUAACCUUUUUCAACACAUGGCACUUAAGCAUAGCAAUACUGGAAGAAGGAGACCCUCACUGUGAUUAAUAGAAUGGAUAAUUUAUUAAUCAACUACAGCAGCCCAGUAUUAAUUGAAAUACGCUAAUACUGGCUAGCACAGCUCUAUGCACAUCCAUUGCAAUGGAUCCUGAUUACAUCCACCAUGAGUUUAAGAAGCGUGCAUCAGAUCUGACACGCUCUUGAAGUAACCUGACUACCAGCUUCAUGGGGCUUCCGUUUGCUCUGUGGGUUCCUCGCAAAAACUAGGAACGAACUGUUUCCUUUCCUCCAAAGGAAAGCUCAAAUUCCCACUUAAUCACGAGAUUCCAGGAGCAGGAGUUUGAACAAAAAUACCCAUGCCUACUAUAUAUGAUAGCAAACAGCAGUGAUACUGUUUACCUCUGAGAAACACCGCCAAGAGAGCCACUCAAUGUCUAGCAGUCAAGGGCGUGAUUUUGGAUGAGUCUAAAGCAAAAUGUUCGUACGAUUCGUCUUUUCAGCUGGGCUACAACCAACACCAAUACAACUCACAUUAUAUGUAACUGUAACAUUAUAAAUGAAUGCUAAUUAUCUGCCAGGCUCUUGCCCUGGUGGAGUACAUAUCCCAGCCCACCAGCAACAGAUCUAACUUCCACUCUUUCAUUUUUUUAAUGCUUUUUUGCUUGUUUAACUAUGGAUGAUGCUAUAUUAAUAUGCACUGCCACUUGGAGAACCAGUUAGUAAGUUGGGACAGAAGGUAUUCUAUAUUUCAUGACUGAUGUAGUUUCUCUGCAAUUCCUCGAGCUGUUGAAUAAUGCAAUACCUCAUCUGGCAACAAAUGAUGAACAUGAUUUAUGAUAACUAUGCUUUAUACAGGUGUCAGAAUCUGCUUUGGUGAACUUCCCUUCCCAUUCCUCCAAGCUCCACUGUAAUUUAGGAACACCCAAGGUACAGAGUUGUAUAUUUAUCUAAGUUCUUCAAUAUACAAUUGUGGAGAGUGAGAGAAAUGCAAACCAGGAGAACUUAAUCUAUAUUUAGUGCAUUGAUGAGUUGAACGAUAUGACCCAGUCAUUGCCAUAUACCACAGGGAGGAAUUUCUCACCACGCAUAUAUGUUAGAGAAACCAAAGCACCAAAGUUAUUAUCUCAGUGUAAAUGUUAUCAUUCCUAACUUUGCUUAGUACCGUAUUUCUAUAUUAUAUCCAAAAAAAGUAUAUGGGCUUGUCAUAUCUCUGAAGCGAUCAAUGUUCCAUAGAGUGUGCUCAAGUUCAGAUUCAAUUUGAGCAUGUUUCAGCGUAACUGAAGCAGAAAGAUAAUUACCUAAUUUUGAGAUUGGGGUGGGGGUGGGGUGGGGGUGUGUGCACGUGCACAGGUGUGCAUGUAUAUGUGCACGUGUGCGUGUGUUUUGUCCCAGCCCAGAUGCGACCUUUCCUGUGACUGGCUUUUCAGGAGGCACCUUAAUCUCGCUAAAGGCAGAGAGGUUUUUCCAAUAAGUAGUCAAUACUUGUCUUCCACAGGCAUGGUCCUGCAGGUUCAUGCUCACACGGAAUUUUCAAUUGCACGUUUGUCAGUUUUCAAUUCAAAUGUAUUUCAAAUAUUUUUUCCUGUUCCGCCUCCUGCUUUCAUGAACUGAUUUGAAGAGUGUAAUAAAAAGAUACUUUCUAAUAUUAUUUUGUCAAAAUAUUUUUGUAGCAUAAUAUAUU